GGCGCCUUAGGGUAAAGCCCUUCGCUAUCACUGAACCCACCCUGGUCGUCACUUUUGUCUAAGCUUCCACCACCGUUACUCCCACCACCUCCCUCCCGACAGCUCCACCGCAAGAAAACGUAAUCGGUCUCUCUGAAAUCAUCAAUAGGACUCCACUUGAGGAAUGACUCCUUAAAAUAUUCGGGGAACUCACCAGCAUGUUUACCACCAAAUUCCUCUGAAGCUAGCUAGUCGUUUCUCUUCCAUCUUUCCCGCCUGCAAUUCGACUUAUUCUCAGACAAGAUGAGAGUAAAGAAGCAGAAACGCCAUCGAAAAGCUGUCAGAUUCUAUACAGCUUGCUUUGGUUUCAGGGAGCCUUUUAAAGUUCUGUGUGAUGGAACUUUUGUGCACCACCUGCUUCUCAAUAAGAUCACUCCUGCUGAUAUUGCGUUGGCUAAUGCUUUAGGUGGCCCAGUAAAGAUUUUUACUACCAGAUGUGUUCUUGGCGAGUUGAGAAGCCUUGGUGACUCCUAUGCUGAAUCUCUUAAUGCAGCUCGUAACCUUUUAACCGCAAGGUGUGACCAUGAGAAACGGAAGAGUGCUGUCAGUUGCAUAACUGAUGUUAUUGGAGAAAACAAUUCUGAGCAUUUCUUUGUGGCUACUCAGGAUGCUGAAUUGCGGAAGAAAUUUCAAAAGGUACCAGGUGUUCCUCUUAUUUAUGGCCUUCGGAAUGCCUUAUUUCUUGAACAGCCGUCAGCUUUUCAACACCAGUUUGUUAGAUCUGCUGAGGAAGAUCGUUCACAUAUGACUGACUUGGAAUACAAGUUGUUGAAUGUAAAGAAAAAGAAUGUAGCCUUUGAGGAAGCAAAGGAUUCUUCUGAUGCCAAUGAAGACAAGAAUGAUGGUACACUCACGGUUCAGGCCAUCCAAACAAAUUUUAGAAAAAAGAGAGAUUUAAAGGACACAGUUCAAUUCAAGAGAAAGAGAGCUAAGGGUCCAAACCCACUGUCCUGUAAGAAGAAAAAACCAUGUGAUAAUACAAAUAAUGCUGCUUCAGUAAAGGAAAAUGGGAAUGGAGAUACAACUGUGAGAAGCAGGAAUAGAAAAAGGAAGAGGUCACGUAAGAGUAAAAAUGUUUCAAAAGCCAACGUCUAGUACUUUUGCUUCUCUUCGUUUUUGUUUGCCGGGUUGAUCGGUGCUUUUAGUUACAAGUUACAUUUGCCGAGUAAGGAAACACCCAACUAGAGAGUAUGCAGUCUAUAAAGGUCAAACUUCAGCUUCCUCACCAGAUAAAGUAUAAUGCAGAUUACCAUGUCACAGACCCUUCGCUUGCAUUUUUCUCCUUUUGGUGGUUGUGGACAGGCGGCCUUUAGGCUUAGAAGAGGGUGGUAGGAGAUGAUGAGAAUUAUAGGAAAUUUUGGGUUAGUAAACAUUCUACUGGUUGAUGCCUUCAACUUUGGCAUGAUGUACCCCUCUUUUGAUAUUGUUGUAGGUUUCAGUUUGACUUCUUUUCUCCCCUCCUAGUGUAAAUUAAUUUUGCUUCUAAAUCUCCAUAUACCAAUUGUUGUAUUCUCAUUGUUCGGAAAUUCUAUUGAUGGUGUUUGUUUAUUUACCCUAC